CACGUGUUUCAAGUUUUGUGGUUAUGUUUAUUAAAAUGCCAAGUUAAAAUUAUUGCUUUCCACUCUUCACUGUAAAGUGUAUUUCUCGAAAAUGGAUAGUUAUGAUAUAUUUAAGAAAUUAACUGUUGGAGUUAAAUUUCAGAAAAAGAAGGACGCUAAAAACAACAAAAAAGGUUUUAGUAAAGAAAACGAUACAGAAAAUUUAAACAAAAUUUUAGACAAUGGAAGUUUGUCAAUAAAAAAAGAAUUAGAAGAGACUGAAGGUAUUACUCUACUGGGUAAUAUUACAUCAAAUUCCAAAAAGCAAAAAAAAUCAAAAGAACUGACCGAGGAGAAAAAGGCACUGUUGCAUCAAGAAGCUGUAAAUCAUUAUCGCAAUAUAAAUAAUAUUAAUGUUGUUGGAAGACAUAUACCAGAACCCAUUAAACAAUUUUCAGAUUUAAAAGUAGGAAAUGAUCUUUUGGAAAGUGUACAAAAAUGUGGUUACCAAGAACCAACUUCAAUUCAAAAACAAGCUAUUCCAAUUAUGUUACAGGGGAGACAAGUUUUAGCAUGCGCUCCAACUGGUUCAGGUAAAACUGCUGCAUUUUUAGUGCCAAUAAUCCAUGAACUUGGUCAAGCGAGUAAAGAUGGCUGUAGGGCAUUGAUAAUAACACCAACUAGAGAAUUAGCAAAACAAAUUCAACGGGAAUGUCUUAAAUUGUCUGCCACGCGUGGUUUACGGGUACAUUUUAUUAAAAAAGUUACUUCGAAUCCAGAUCAGUUUACAAAAAAUUCAAUUAAGAAAAUCGACAUUCUCAUUACUACUCCAAAUCGGCUUUGUUUCUUCCUAAAUCAAGAACCAUCUCCUAUUUCUUUAACAAAUGUUCGAUGGCUAAUUAUUGACGAGGCUGAUAAGCUAUUUGAAACUGGUGUACGAAGUUUUCAUGACCAACUAAUGAAAAUUAUGACGGCGUGUUCGAAUACACAGCGCCGAAUUGCUAUGUUUAGUGCUACGCAUACACCAGCUGUCGCUUUUUGGUGCCGACAUAAUAUGAAAGGAUUAAUCACAUUAACAGUUGGAGAACGAAAUGCCGCAGCAAGCACUUUGGAACAAGAAUUAUUGUUUGUGGGUAAUGAACAAGGAAAAUUAAUAGCAUUUAGAGAUUUGGUGCGAAAAGGUUUAAAUCCUCCAGUACUGGUGUUUGUUCAAAGUAAAGAACGAGCUCAACAAUUAUUUUCUGAACUUAUUUAUGAUGGGAUCAAUGUGGAUGUUAUACAUGCUGAUAGAACUCAAACUCAGCGUGACAAUACCGUAAAAGCGUUUCGCGAAGGUCGUAUUUGGGUUUUAAUAUGUACAGAAUUAAUGGCACGUGGUAUUGACUUUAAAGGUAUUAAUCUUGUAAUUAAUUACGACUUUCCACCAUCAGCAAUUUCAUAUAUUCAUCGAAUUGGUAGAGCAGGACGAGCUGGGCGACUUGGUAAAGCGCUUACCUUGUUUACUACCGAAGAUACUGUAAAUUUACGAAGCAUUGCACAAGUUUUAAAAAAAUCAGGGUGUGAGGUACCUGAAUAUAUGUUAAAAAUGAAUAAACGUGGCAAAAAACAUAAGAAACGAUUAUUAGUUAGUGCACCGAAACGUGAAGAUAUUACAACAGAUUUUAUUUCAAGAAAAAGCAAUGAUAAUAAUACAUACGAAGAAUACCGCAAAUGGAUCCCUACCUACCUAGACCAAGGGGUCCUCUGUUCCCUCAUUGAGCAUAACCUGUCACCCGAAGACAAGACGUCUCCAGGUGAGAGAUGUUAUUUUAAGCAGAUGAAGCUUCUCCGCCGAGAUUAUUCCCAGGGUUAUGGAACCAAGGUUUCGGACUCAAACAUUCCAAACCUGACGCCUUGCAUGUUUCUGCAGGUGCAUAUAACAUGCAUGAAGGUUUGAUCGUCCUCUAUAUAUGCCCUACAAGU